GGAAACUUUAAUUAAUAAACAGGAACUGCGCUCUGCGCUCCCAUCACUCCGCAGCCAGACCCAAUGGACCAGGACCCUGCGACACACACACUUCCGGUUCGACUGCUCCGCUUUCAAAGGAGGACGUCCCGAUCUCUGCGCCGUCAUUGGUGGAAACGUGUCCCCGGUAGGAGUGUGAGUGGUGGCGCGCGCUGUCAGUCAGUGCCAGGCAGCUGCCAAGCGCUGGGAGAGGGGGAGAUGUCAGAGGCUGAGCUGCUGCCUCUCUUCAGUAGCAUUGGUGGGGUUGAGCAGCCAGCAUGGCCACAGCUGCCUCCAGCCCCUACACCCUGCUCAGCUCCAGCUCCAUGAUCCACGCGGACAGCCAGGCCAUGCAGCCUGCGAGUCCGUACAGAGGGCACCAGAAACUCCUCCAGAGUGACUACCUGCAGAGCGUCCAGAGCAACGGGCACCCCCUCGGGCACCAGUGGGCGACCAGCCUGUCGGAGGGCAGCCCCUGGUCGACCUCCAUGGAGCAGCAGGACGUCAAGCCGGGCCGGGAGGACCUGCAGCUCGGCAUCAUCCACCACCGCUCCCCGCACGUCGCGCAUCAUUCCCCCCACCACAACAGCCACCCGGGCGGCUGGGGGACUCCGGUGUCCCACAACUCCUCCAUCACCAGCGGGCAGCAGAUCAACAUCUACUCCCAGACGGGCUUCACUGUCAACGGCAUGCUGGACCACGGCGGGCUCACCCCCCCGCCCAACCCGCAGGGCCAAGGCAUGCACCCGGGCCUCAGGGACACGCUCAGCCCCGAGCACAGCGACCUGGGCGGGCACCACUGCCACGACCACUCCGACGAGGAGACGCCGACCUCGGACGAGUUGGAGCACUUUGCCAAGCAGUUCAAGCAGCGGCGGAUCAAGCUGGGCUUCACGCAGGCGGACGUGGGGCUGGCUCUGGGCACGCUGUACGGUAACGUCUUUUCCCAAACCACCAUCUGCAGGUUCGAGGCGCUGCAGCUGAGCUUUAAGAACAUGUGCAAACUGAAGCCGCUGCUGAACAAGUGGCUGGAGGAGGCGGACUCCUCCACGGGCAGCUCCAGCAGUAUAGACAAGAUAGCAGCUCAGGGGAGGAAGAGGAAGAAGAGGACGUCCAUCGAGGUCAGCGUGAAGGGAGUUCUGGAGACGCACUUUCUCAAGUGUCCAAAGCCGUCCGCGCAGGAGAUCUCCUCGCUGGCGGACACGCUGCAGCUGGAGAAGGAGGUGGUGCGCGUGUGGUUCUGCAACCGCAGGCAGAAGGAGAAGCGCAUGACGCCGCCGGGGGAGCCUCCGCCGCCUCCCUCGCACGAGGGACCCUAUUCUCACAGCGGGGGGGACGCGUCCUCGUGCCACGAUCUCUGACCGGAGGCGCGGGGGGACUCCCGCGAGCGCAAAGGCGCGCGCUGGCCUCUUCCCAGCCGCGCGCCUCCCGUCCCGGCGCCGGCACGGACUCCUCCAGACGCCUCCCGCUCUGGAUCCCAGCAGAGACACCUGCUCAGCCUUCUCUCAGUCACGGGGGCAUUUUUCUAAACUCACUCUUUUCUACAUCGUGGAUUUAAAAAAAAAUGUGCCUAAAAAUUUUACCUUCCAGCGCCUUCUGUUUGUCUCCUGAAGAAGCCGGGACUGAAGCUCACAUCCCUCUUCCUAAUUGAUUUGUUGCAGCU